AUGUUUUCGGAAACGGUUCCUGUUGUGGAGGUGCAAGGUGUUCUGGGCAAAUUGACAUUGCUCCCUUGCGAUAUCGUGCCCACAAACGAAGAAGAUGCAGUGCACAUGGUGUUGUGGUUCAAAGAGGCCGAUGGUGAGCCGUUAUAUAGGGGUAGGCAUAGGCCUCCGUGGUCGCCAGCUGUUGAUGAUGACCUUACUUAA